AUGUUCCUAGGCACCAGCCUUGAGCCUUUGCGUCCCACUCUAGCCAAUGACGUCCUGCGACUUCCGGCUCUCGUUGCCCCGCCUCUUCCGGCUUUCGGUGGAACAUGGCGCAGGGACAACGCAAGUUCCAGGCGCAGAAACCUAAAAGCAAGGCGGCGGCGGCGGAGCGGAGCCGUGGGCCGCGGAAAGGCGAGCCUGGAAGUAGGGAUCCGGAAGAAAAUUGAGCAUGACGUGGUGAUGAAGGCCAGCUCCAGCCUGCCUAAGAAGCUUACGCUGCUGAAGGGAGCAUCAAAGAAGACAGGGGCCACCACCCCUGGCAAGACACCAUCCUGAAGGCACUGGGACUUUGCAGGUGACCCCACAGGCUGGCUGGACUUGAGGGAAGAUCCUGCUCCAGACCUGUUGGCCCCUGGAACAGCAAUGGGCAGGCAGUGGCAAAGCCCCAGGCUAGCUCCCCAGUGCUGAAGAGCGCUCCGCUCCCUCUGCUGCUGUGACGGGGUCUGGCUGUUGUCUCUCCAUCAGGGCAGUGCAGAGAGUGUUCAUGACUAGAUGGUAAUACUCUCUCCCUAGGUGCUGGGCCCCCACCCCAGUCAUCUAAUGUCAGCCAUCAUUGUCUGUAUCUCCAGUGAGGCACCACCUCCUCCUGUCACACCAGUAAUCAGAGCCACUUGGGGACGCUCCAGUGAUACCCAAUAAAGCUGUGUGCACAGAGGCUAUGUGCCGUUCCUGUGCUUUCCUGACCUUGAGGGACUCACACCACUGUAGUCACUCAGACCUGCUGGACUACAUGUUGAUCGUGUCAUAUGCAGGGUGCUUGACCAGGUGGCAUCUUCCGUGGUGUGGCCCUGGGGCAAGCAUUGAGUGUGCUGCUGGCCUAUCCCUUUGUGCCCGGCUAAGGAGUUCACCCACUAAGGAGCAGAAACUUGCUGGGUCACCAGUGACUGCCCAGUGUUGGUCAGGAUUUACUGUUGAGACGGCCUAGUGCUCCCGGGCUGGCUUCUGACUCACCUUAGCCAGCUACUGGGGAUCUGAUCCACUUGGUGUGUGCUAAGCAAGCACCUGAGACACACCCGGUGCACUUCGAGAGCACAGGAAGGACCUGCUGGGCUUUAGUCAUACCAGGACACAGUUGCGGUCCUACGAGGCAGGGCUCCCUUAGAGGCUGGGUUGUUACUGCCUCCGCUUCUGGCUUGUGAUGGGGUAGUGUCCGGGCAUGCAGCUUCCUGCCAGACCAACCUUCUGGCUGCCUCACCACAGAUCUAGAAGAGUGGAUACAACCCCCAGAACCAUGAGCUCAUCAGUGGCCUGAGUUGGGUUUAACUUGGUUCUCAGACAGGGUCUCCCUGUGUAGACCAGACUGGCCUCAAACUCAGACCUGUACCUGCCUCUGCCUCCUAAGUUCUGAGAUUAAAAUGCCUAAGGGCCUGUGUAAUUUUUCUGUAUGUUGUCUAUGUGCACAUGAGUAUGGGUGCCCAAGGAGGCAAGAGGCACCCCAUCAUCUAAGGUUAGAACCCGGCAGUUGUGAGCUACCUUACAUGGGUGCAAAGAGAGGUGGGAGCUGUCACCUGCUGGGCUCUCUGGCUGUCAGGUGUUUAUGAUAGUAACACUAGGAUGGCUGGGCGUGGUGGUGCAUGCCUUUAAUCCCAGUGCUCAGGAGGCAGGGCCGUCGGAGCUCUGAGUUCCAGGCCAGCCUGGUGUACAGGGAAUUUCCGAGCCAUUUGAGUUAUAUAGACCCUGUGGAAAACAACAGAAGCUUAGCCGUCUGUCGACUGGACUAGUGGACCUCAGCUCCGGGUACGCAGCGGCACUCGCAGAAGAGUGAUGCAGGAGUAGUGGCUGGGUAACGACCACCUGACCGAACGCACCAUGGAAACCCUGAUGGAAGGAACAGCCUGCAGGAACGCCUCUCCAGUGCCUGCACUGGAAAGCUCCAAUCAAGCCUUCCCAUGUGCCCCAAACAACAGGCUGGUGACUUGAACAGAGCUCUCUGGCACUGUGACACCACUUAGUCCCUAUCAUGUAAGCAAAUCCAAUAAAUGCCUUCGUAUUAUA